GUCACGUUGCUCUGUGGCGUCACGUAGCGUGUUAUGUUUAUCCAUUUGUUUUGGUUUGGGUCUGUUACAGUUUAAAUCACGAUUAAAUUUUCAUUUAUCACGAUAAAGUAACACAAUCAUAAAUAUGUUUGAUGAAGAAAUGUUAAUAAAUCAAAUUAAACAACAUCCUGUUCUGUACAACUCGACACUGCCUUCGUAUAGAGACCAAAGCCUGAGAAAUAAUGCAUGGGAAGAAAUAUCAAAACAGUUAGAUAUGCCAGUUGAAGAAAUGAAAAUAAAAUGGAGUAAACUUAGAAAUUGUUAUACAAACGCAAUAAAAAGACGAAGAAAAAAGUCAAGCUUGGCACAGUCCACACCUUGGAGGUAUGAGCAGACAAUGAAAUUUUUAUUACCAUUUACGAUUUCAAGAAAGAGUGAGAAUUCAUUGGAUGUAGAUAAUAAUGUAAUAUUGUUUGAUUUUGAUUCAAUGAAAGAGGAACGUUGUGCAGAUGAUGAAAGGCCUUUAUCAAGAACUUCUAGUCAUUUAACUGAUCCCAUUGAGUGUAAUGUCUACGAGUCCCCAACUCCCACCAGACAGAAUGAAAGUGAUGAACUUAUUGAGAGAAGCUCAGGAAGAGUACUAAAUAGUUUUCAUGAAAUAAAUAGAAAGAGAAAGCAUGAAAUGGAUGAAAAUGAUUAUUUCUUUUUAUCCAUGAGUAUGCAACUAAAAAAACUCCCUGUAUCUGAUCAAGCAGAUAUCAAAUUUAAAUUACAUAAACUUAUUUAUGAAGCUGAGAAAGGAAGGUUAAAUUCUACGUAGUCAUGAUUACCAAGUCAAUAUUCUACAGUUGGUAAAAAUAUAGAAAACACAGAAAAUUAAGUCUAGCAAGAUUUUACAUGGUUUUGUAAAUAAUUAUUAUAAAUUGCUCAAUUUUGACAA